CUGUGGACUCACUGAAAACACAGUACAAAGAUGAAGCUGACAGUUGUAGCCCUCUUGUGUCUACAGCUUCUUGUCAUUCAUAGUAACCCUUCUCUGGGCACCAAAAGAGGAAAGUUUCCUCAGAUAAAUAUUUUUAAGAAGCCUUCUAAAACUAAAACUAAUCUGGACACUAAGUCAAAGGACUCAAUCCUCAAAAACUCCAAAGAGCCCACAAAGUUUAACCCUGGAGGGUACCCUCAACAACCAGGCAGACCAGGAGGUUACCCCAACCAAGGAGGCUACCCCAACCCUGCAGGGUAUCCUCAACAGCCAGGCAGACCAGGAGGUUAUCCUUACCAAGGUGGCUACCCGAAUCAAGGAGUCUACCCAGCACCAGGCUCCCCAUACAGUGGCGGUUAUGGAGGUUAUCCAGGAGGAUACAUAAACUACAACCCAAACAACAAAGUCCUGAGCCCUCAUUAUGCCGGCAGCUUUGGUUAUGGGGGUUAUGUUGCUGGUGGCGGCUCUCCCUUCUCAAACUUUGCAAAGGCACAGGGCUUUGUUCCCUCUGAUAAAUCCAGAGGUUUUGGUCACAAAGCAGCAAUGGCUGCAGCUGGAGGGGCUCUAGCAGGAAUGGCCCUUGGCUACGGGUUAGGACGGUUCCCCCGUCCUCAUUUUCACUUUCACAACCCCCAGGAGGAGUAUUUCUACUACCACUACAUGUACAGGAAAUAUGGUGUAAGAUCUACAGAUACAAAUGACUUCAGCAGAGACUACAAAUACAUUCACGCUGAUGGGACAUUUGAUAGUUUCAUGAAGUCCUGUAUGAAUAGAACAGAUCUCCUACCUGUAAAGAAUGGAAAACCGACCAUCAAACCAGCUGUCACCACAUCUAAAACCACCACAGCUGCUUCUGUGAACUCCACCACAUCAGCAGCUACUGCUACUCCAACUUUUGGCACUGGCAUCAACACCACAAGUAACAGCACUGCAGCAAAAAACUCCUCAACUGAUGCACCUUCAACUCCCCACCCUGUGAAUAAGUCUGAACUCAAUCCUCCACCUACAACUUCGCAGGUUCUCAGAACUGCUGCUAACGAUGACGAUGAUGAGACAGUGAGCAUUGUGGAGAUUGGUUACCCAGCACUGAUCACGCAAAUGAAGCUCAAGAGGUGCAUCGAGCUUUACACGGUCAAUGCUGAAAGGGACUUGAAGAAAAAAGUAGAACUUACAGCCAGCAGUGGGGUGCAGAGACUGGAGACGGGCCUGAGAGGGCUUUUAUCUGUAGUCCUCAGUAUUACUGUGAUGCUGUUGAGUGGCAACAUCCAAACAUAAUGACAAAUUUUUAUUUUGUUUACUUAUUUUUGGGGAAAUUACCUCUCACAACCAACCUGCAAUACCUUCACAGCCCACUGUAGCAUCCCACACUUUGGGAAUCUGUGGUUUAGAUAUCUGCAGAUACCAGAAGAAGAAUCAUAAUCAAAGGAAACCUAGAUAUUUGGUUCUGAGAAACUUCUUGAUGA